AUGCAGAUUAAACUCCUGACCGUUUUGACCAUUUGCCUGGUUUUUAACAAAAGUCAUGGGAGUCAUCACUAUGGAGAAUGGAAUGACUCUCAGCUACUGCCCACCAUUCAGAAACUGAUGAAGGGCUACAACCGCUACCUUCGGCCUAAUUUCAAUGAGGGUCCUGUUGAGAUUGGAAUGAGUCUGGAUAUUGCCAGCAUUGAUGCCAUUUCCGAAAUCAAUAUGGACUACACAGCCACCAUUUUCCUGAGACAGCGUUGGCGUGAUUCACGAUUAGUAUUUCCUGGCAAUGAGAGUUUGAGUCUGGAUGGACGUCUGGUCUCUCUGCUUUGGAUCCCUGACACGUUCAUCCCAGAUUCCAAACGCUCCUUCCUUCACGACGUCACUGUGGAAAACCGACUCAUCCGCAUUUUCAGUAACGGAACUGUACUGUACGCGCUCCGCAUCACAGCCACCAUCGCCUGUAACAUGGAUUUAACCAAAUACCCGAUGGACAGACAGGUGUGCCUGCUGCAGCUGGAAAGCUGGGGUUAUAAUCUGCAGGACGUGGUGUUUUACUGGACACGUGGGAAUGACUCAGUGAAGGGGUUGGACACAUUGCGCUUGGCCCAGUACAGUGUGGAGAGUUACCAUACUUCAGUGUCUAAAGCUGUAUACGAAACAGGCAUGUACCCAAAGCUGGUCCUGCACUUCUCCUUGCGUAGGAAUGUUCUCUUCUUCAUUCUGGAGACCUACGUACCCUCAACUCUACUGGUGGUUUUAUCGUGGGUGUCCUUCUGGAUCAGUCAGUCUUCAGUCCCUGCUCGUACCUGCAUUGGGGUGACAACUGUUCUAACUAUGACCACACUAAUGAUGGGAGCAAGGACGUCCCUACCCAAUGCUAACUGCUUCAUCAAGGCCAUCGAUGUUUACCUUGGCAUCUGCUUCACCUUUAUCUUUGGAGCUCUGUUAGAGUACGCCUGUGCUCAUUUCUGCACCAUGCAACACAAAUCAAUCGGAGAUGUGCAGAGAGAACUUCUGAAAGAGCUUGAUGAAUCAAAUGGAAACGGGUCCAUUCAAUUAGUGCACCCGACAUCACCCAAAAAAGUGCAACGUGAAGAGUCCGCACAGCAAGAGACGAACGACCAAUCAGUGACGUGUGAAGGAGAAGAAUCAACCGAAAAGAAGCGAGGACAGGGGUGUGGUCUCUCCUCAGUGAAAGAGGUAUCCCGCAGAGCCGUGUCACUGCUGAGCGUUGAGAAUCCUCAUCAUAUCGACCGACACGCACGAGUGCUGUUCCCAAUGGCAUUUUUAAUGGUCAAUAUCCUAUACUGGCUCUACUACCUUUUUAUCUGAGGUCUGAAGAAAUGGACAUUUUGUCUGUUCUUUUCCCCAUCUCUCAGUACGGCUUGAGAAGUCCUGUUAUCUACAGUAAUUGAUUAAAAGUGACUUGAUUCCACGAAUCCAAUUGAAAAAAUAAAUGUCAGUUCCAAUGUUACAUUCCAUUGUAUAAUGCAUAUUUUAAACUUUACAUGCUAAAAAGAAAAAAACAACAACGUAGGACACCACUUUUUCUUACCAUAUGCAACCGUUUCGCAUUUGUAUAUGUUGUGGUUCUGUGAUUAAUGCAAUCUGUAAGUGGAGUUCUGCAGAAGAAACAAUCAACCUAAAUUUCAAGUCGACGUUUCUCAGCGAUGAACCACGUUCAGAAAACACCCAUUACUGAUCACGCGGACCUGCGCAAGGAAACAAAGAACAACGUGAUAGUAACGGACUCAGCUGUGUUCAGACUGAUAUAAUGAACAUCUGUUGCUAUAUUUUAACCUUUUGAUUGUUUGAUGUUAUUUUUCCAAUAUUAUUUCCGAAGUGCUGUUGCCUACAUGUGUUCACAUCAGUUUCACAGCAC